CUUGUUCAUAUUGUGUUGUAAAUUAUUUGAACGCAAAAAAAACUUGUGAGUGGGGUAAUUGGAGGGACGGAAACCAAAACAAACUUGUAGCCAAUCCGCAUCAAAGGGCGUGUCUGCUAAUGUUCGGGACUGCGCUCAGUGCACAGGACGGAUUUUAGCCGAUCCCGACUCGAGCGACGACAGAAAGCGAAACAUGGAAAAGAGGAAAACGUAUGCGGAACGAAAGAAAGCUUACGAUCAGGCAAGAAGUAGGACGCGUGUAAAUAUCGGAUCCGCUUUCACGCGCUGGAAAGAACUCGGGGAGCGGGAAGGCCUGGGAUCGGACGCCGAGGUUGCGUUGUUUCUUCUCGAUUUAAUGUUGACAACGACGUCACAGGCGGAUGUGAUGUGCUGUAAAUCAGUGGGAACUGAUCUGUCCAUGCUGGAUAUUGAUGAUUUCAUCACAGAAAUCUGUCAGCUGAAGAAAGAGGUGAAGUUACUGGAGGAAAAGCUGAGGACAAGAGGAGAUGAACUCAACACAGAGGAUGUGUCGAGGGUUUUGUCGGCUCAAUCUUCAGUGUGUAGCAGCAGAGAUCAGAUCACACCACAGCCACUGCUGGACAAACUCUCUGAACAGAAGUCCAGACACACACAGGACUCAGAGCUCAGCCUCACUUUACUCUGUUAUACUGACACAAACCCCACAGACGCUCAGGACACUGUGUGUGACAGUAAUCACACCUUGAAUCAGGAUGAAUCUACUGAUCAAACCUCCACAGAGUCUCUGGAUUCUGUCUGUAACGCUGGAGAACAGCAGAUCCUGAACACCAGACCACUGAACAUGUGUUCUGUCACGCUGAUGAAUGGUGAGAACCAGAUCGAGAUAAAAACAGAACCCACAGAAGAAGACGAUCAAACGAAUGAAGAUGAUGAUGAGGAGGAAGACGAUGAUGAUGAUGAUGAUGAAGAUAAUGACGAAGAAGAUAGCGAUGAUGAUUUUUUUCCUUCAGAUGAAAGCACUGAUUCGUGUUCUGAAGGAGAAAUGGCCUUAACGUCAGAACAGCAUUUUGUCUCUUCUUAUAAUUUGAACAUUAACAUGAAGUCACAAAGCAAUGGAAACCCUUACCACUGCAGUGAAUGUGACAAGUGUUUCAGCACCAAAACGUAUCUUGUUAUUCAUCAGAGAAUUCACACAGGAGAAAGACCGUAUGCGUGUCCUUACUGUGAAAAGAGAUUCAACCAAGAAGGGGGUCUUAAAGCACACGUGCGUGUCCACACCAAUGAGAGACCGUAUCAGUGCAGUGAAUGUGGACAAGCCUUUACGCAGUCAAGUUCUUUACAGAGACACCAGAUGUCUCACUCUGAUGAGAAACUCUUUCAGUGUUCACACUGUGAUAAACGCUUCCAUCAUAAAGCCAAUCUGAUGCUUCACGAGAGAGUUCACACUGGAGAGAAACCUUACCUCUGCUCUCACUGUGGAAUGAGCUUCCGUCAACGAAGUAAUUUCAAAGAUCAUCAGAGAAUUCACACUGGAGAAAAACCUUACGUCUGCUGUCAGUGUGGAAAGAAUUUUACUCGGUCAAGUUCUUUCAGAGUUCAUCGGAGAGUUCACAGUGGAGAAAAGCCUUAUCCCUGCAGUGAUUGUGGGAAGAGUUUCAGUCGACGUGAUAAUUUAAGGACGCAUCAGAGACUUCACACUGGAGAAAAACCUUAUAAAUGUUCUCAGUGUGACAUGGCGUUUACGCAGAGAGUUCUCCUGAAACUCCAUCAGAAAGUUCACACAGGAGAGAAACCAGGAAAAACACGACCUGUGAAGAAGACUGUGGAACGUAUAAUUCGGCGAAUAAGGAGCUGGAGUCAGCCUCGUAAAUCCAACGCCAUGGCAGAGCCAAAGAAAGCAAAGAGAGUUUUGUCGGAGGAAGCAAAGAGAAGAAAACGAGACAGUGAUCGGACACGAGGACGAACACGAAUUAAUAUCGGACGGGCUUACACUCGGUGGCACGAGCUGAAAGAUGAAACGGGCUGCAACACGGAUGAAGAUCUAGCCUUUCUGCUACUGGAUUUUAAUCUCACUGUCAUAGUUUAUAUCUUUAUCUCAAUAUAUUUCCUCUCUGAACAGAAGUCCAGACACACACAGGACUCAGAGCUCAGCCUCACUUUACUCUGUUAUACUGACACAAACCCCACAGACGCUCAGGACACUGUGUGUGACAGUAAUCCCACCUUGAAUCAGGAUGAAUCUACUGAUCAAACCUCCACAGAGUCUCUGGAUUCUGUCUGUAACGCUGGAGAACAGCAGAUCCUGAACACCAGACCACUGAACAUGUGUUGUGUCACGCUGAUGAAUGGUGAGAACCAGAUCGAGAUAAAAACAGAACCCACAGCAGAAGACGAUCAAACGAAUGAAGAUGAUUAUGAUGAGGAAGACGACGAUGAUGAUGAAGAUAAUGACGAAGAAGAUAAUGACGAAGAAGAUAAUGAUGAUGAAGAUAAUGAUGAUGAAGAUAAUGACGAAGAAGAUAAUGACGAAGAAGAUAAUGACGAAGAAGAUAGCGAUGAUGAUUUUUUUCCUUCAGAUGAAAGCAGUGAUUCGUGUUCUGAAGGAGAAAUGGCCUCUUCUAAUCUGAAGAUUAACAUGAAGUCACAAAGUAAUGGAAACCCCAUAUACUGCAGUGUAUGUGACAAGUGUUUCACCACCGAACAAAGUCUUGUUAUUCAUCAGAGAAUUCACACGGGAGAAAAACCGUACGAGUGUCCUCACUGUGACAAGAGAUUCAACCACGAAACCAGUGUUAAAACACACAUGCGUGUCCACACCAAUGAGAGACCGUAUCAGUGCAGUGAAUGUGGAAAAACAUUUAGACAGUUGAGUUCUUUCCAAAGACACCAAAGAACACACUCUGAGGAGAAACGCUUUCAGUGUUCACACUGUGAUAAACGCUUCCAUCAUAAAGCCAAUCUGAUGCUUCACGAAAGAGUUCACACUGGAGAGAAACCUUACCUCUGCUCUCACUGUGGAAUGAGCUUUUCUCAACGAAGUAAUUUCAAAGAUCAUCAGAGAAUUCACACGGGAGAGAGACCUUAUCACUGCCGUGUUUGUGGGAAGAGUUUUACUCAGUCAAGUUCUUUCAAAGAUCAUCAGAAAGUUCACAGUGGAGAAAAGCCUUAUCCCUGCAGUGAUUGUGGGAAGAGUUUCAGUCGACGUGAUAAUUUAAAGACACAUCAGAGACUUCACACUGGAGAAAAACCUUAUAAAUGUUCUCAGUGUGACAUGGCGUUUACGCAGAGAGUUCUCCUGAAACUCCAUCAGAAAGUUCACACAGGAGAGAAACCAGGAAAAACACGACCUGUGAAAAUGUUGAAGAUGACGUCACAGAUGUGCUUUUAUAUCUUUAUCUCAAUAUAUUUCCUCUCUGAACAGAAGUCCAGACACACACAGGACUCAGAGCUCAGCCUCACUUUACUCUGUUAUACUGACACAAACCCCACAGACGCUCAGGACACUGUGUGUGACAGUAAUCACACCUUGAAUCAGGAUGAAUCUACUGAUCAAACCUCCACAGAGUCUCUGGAUUCUGUCUGUAACGCUGGAGAACAGCAGAUCCUGAACACCAGACCACUGAACAUGUGUUCUGUCACACUGAUUGGGAAUGAUGGGAAACUGAUAAAAACAGAACCCACUUCAGAGGAAGAUGAAAUUGAGGAAGAUGAAGAUGAUAGCGAUAAUGAUUUUUUACCUUCAGAUGAGAGCAGUGAUUCGUGUUCUGAAGGAGCCUCGACGUCAAAAGAGCACAGGAAGAACAUGAAGAGACACAGUGAUGAAAAACCUUUCAACUGCAGUGAAUGUGACAAGUGUUUCAGCACCAUACAAUAUCUUGUGAUUCAUCAGAGAACUCACACGGGAGAACUAACGUACAAGUGUCCUUACUGUGACAAGAGAUUCAACCAACUAGACAAUGUAGAGCGACACGUGCGUGUCCACACCAAUGAGAGACCGUAUCUGUGCGGUGAAUGUGGAAAAACUUUUAGACAGUUAUGUUCUUUACAGAGACACCAGAUAUUACACACGGAGGAGAAACUCUAUCAGUGUUCACACUGUGAUAAACGCUUCCGUCAUAAAAAUAGUCUGAUGCUUCACGAAAGAGUUCACACUGGAGAGAAACCUUACCUCUGCUCUCACUGUGGAAAGAGCUUUUCUGAUCCAAGUAAUUUCAAAGAUCAUCUGAGAAUUCACACGGGAGAGAAACCUUACGUCUGCUCUGAUUGUGGGAAGAGUUUUACUCAAUCAGGUUCUUUCAAAGAUCAUCAGAGAAGUCACAGUGGAGUAAAGCCUUAUCCCUGCAGUGUUUGUGGGAAGAGUUUCAGUCGACAGUUCAAUUUAAAGACACAUCAGAGACUUCACACUGGAGAAAAACCUUAUAAAUGUUCUCAGUGUGACAUGGCGUUUACGCAGAGAGUUCUCCUGAAACUCCAUCAGAAAGUUCACACUGGAGAGAAACCAGGAAAAACACGACCUGUGAAGAAGACUAAAUCCACUCAGGACUCAGAGGUCAGCCUCACUUUACUCUGUUAUACUGACACAAACCCCACAGACGCUCAGGACACUGUGUGUGACAGUAAUCACACCUUGAAUCAGGAUGAAUCUACUGAUCAAACCUCCACAGAGUCUCUGGAUUCUGUCUGUAACGCUGGAGAACAGCAGAUCCUGAACACCAGACCACUGAACAUGUGUUCUGUCACACUGAUGAGGAUGAAAAGAAAAAACACAGCAGAAGAAGAAGAACAUCACACUCUUGAAGAUGAGAACCAUGAUGAUGAUGAUUUUAUUCCUUCAGAGAGCGCUGAUUCAUGUGGUGAUGGAGAAACGGCCUCUACAUCAAAACAGCGACUGACAGCACAAACUCUUUCCUGCAUCACCUGUGGAAAGACAUUCAGUUCACAGAGACGUUUAGAGACACAUGAGAGAAAACACACAGAACAGAAACUCUUCACCUGCACCAGAUGUGACAUCAGCUUUCCUACCUUACAAGAGAAGAAACUUCAUUCACAAGAGCACAGAGACAAGAAACACUUUCCCUGUCAGCAGUGUGGGAAGAGUUUUCUCUUCUCUUCUCAUCUGAAGGAUCACAUGAGGACACACACUGGAGAAAAGUCUUUCCACUGCAGUGAAUGUGACAAAUGUUUUAGCCGCAAAGCAAAACUUGUUGCUCAUCAGAGAAUUCACACGGGAGAAAAACCUUUUGAGUGUCCUCACUGUGAGAAGAGAUUCAGCCACAAAUCCCAUUUAAAGAGUCAUGUGCGUGUCCACACCAAUGAGAAACCGUAUGAGUGCAGUGAAUGUGGAAAAACUUUUCGGGAGUUAACAUCUUUGAAGAAACACCAAGCAACACACUCUGUGGAGAAACUCUAUCAGUGUUCACACUGUGAUAAACGUUUCGGUCUUAAAUCUUAUCUGAUAACUCAUGAGAGAACUCACACUAGAGAGAAAUCUUAUCUUUGCUCUGACUGUGGAAAGAGCUUUCAUAAUCAAACCCAUUUCAUAGUUCAUCGAAAAAUUCACACUGGAGAGAAACCUCAUCAGUGCAGUGUUUGUGGGAAGAGUUUCAGUCGACGUGACAAUUUGGCGACACACCAGAUUCACACAGGAGAAAAACCUUUCAAAUGUUCUCAGUGUGACAAGACGUUUACUCAAAACAUUCUCCUGAAACUCCAUCAGAGAGGUCACGCUGGAGAGAAACCCACCAGUGAAUCUGCGGUGGGAGAUUCAUCCACUUAGGAAACAUGUUCAUUCAUGAUUUGCUCUAUAAGAAAACUAAGAUAAUGUUCAGACAGGCUGCAAAACAAAAGGCACAUGUUAGGAAAGCAGGAAAACCCCCACAUAAAAUCUACCAUAAAAUGUGAAUCUUGUUUAUCAUUUUUUCUUUAUUUUAUUAUUGUGUACUAACAGUAUCUCUUUGAGGUUUUGAUGGACUCCAGCAGAUGUUAACACUAAACACAUCAGUUCACACUGGAUUCACUUUGACUGGAUCAUUCUUGACAGUUUAAUUAUGACCGUGGUCCAUUUUUACUACACUUUGGAUUAUGUCAUUCUAUUCAGUGACAUAAAUCACGGUAUUCUCUAAAAUGUAUAUUAACUCUGAUGAAUUCUACACUGUCAUUUGCUAAAUUUUAUGUUUAUUGAGUUGUGAGGUGUCUGCAAACCCAGACUGAGUCUCAUCAUUGGAGUUGACUGUUAAAAAUGUUACACGCCGUCUCAGAUAUUCACUUAUUAUACAUGACUAACAUCAGAGAUUAGCUAUUGGUAAAUUGUCUUAAAUAGUUCUUCUCAAACCUCCAAAUUAGUUCGAAAAGCUUUUUCUGUUAAACAUUUUCAACAGGCUGUCAAUUUAUGAAGUGAUUUGAUGUUUCCAAAGGAAAGCGGUUUUAUUCAGUUCACUGACCGUUCCAGCAUUUCAUAUUACAUGUUUUGUAUGGAUUUAUUUAGAAAAUAUCAAUGAAAGACAAUUGGAAUUAACUCAAUUAUUAAUUAAUAUAUUUUUUUAAAUACAUGAUCAUAUUCAUCCUUUAUUAA